ACCAAUCAGCGCCCUCUCUUUAGCCCAAUCACGUAAAGCGGAUGUCGUAGGGACCAAUCAGAUGAGGCGAAGGGGGCGGAACUUUUCCAGGCCAAAUCAGGGUGGGCGGGCUUCUUGAGUGACCCAGUCAGAUGACGAGGGGGCGUGGUCGGGCUGUACCACUGCUGUGGAUUACGGGGACAGUACAGCGAGUGUGACGGGAUAGGGCGGCACAGCUCCGUCUUCUCUAAGUGCGUGUUCGUUCUGUGCUUCCUCCCUCCGCGAAUGGUCUGGCCCAGUACCGAGUCACGUGAGCCGGUUCCAAGAUGGCGGCGGCGGCGGGGUCCGGCUGGGGGCCGGAGGCGGACGAGUUCGAGGACGCCCCCGAUGUGGAACCGCUAGAGCCGACGCUGAGCAACAUCAUCGAGCAGCGCAGCCUCAAGUGGAUCUUCGUGGGGGGGAAGGGAGGAGUGGGCAAAACCACCUGCAGCUGCAGCCUGGCCGUGCAGCUGUCGAAGGUGCGUGAGAGCGUCCUCAUCAUUUCCACUGACCCAGCCCACAACAUCUCCGAUGCCUUCGACCAGAAAUUCUCCAAGGUCCCCACAAAAGUCAAGGGCUAUGACAACCUGUUUGCAAUGGAGAUUGACCCCAGCCUGGGGGUGGCUGAGCUCCCGGAUGAGUUCUUCGAGGAGGACAACAUGCUGAGCAUGGGGAAGAAGAUGAUGCAGGAGGCCAUGAGCGCCUUCCCCGGCAUCGAUGAGGCCAUGAGCUAUGCGGAGGUGAUGAGGCUGGUGAAGGGGAUGAAUUUCUCCGUGGUGGUGUUCGACACAGCCCCCACUGGGCACACGCUGCGACUGCUCAACUUCCCCACUAUCGUGGAGCGGGGCCUGGGCCGCCUGAUGCAGAUCAAGAACCAGAUCAGCCCCUUCAUCUCUCAGAUGUGUAACAUGCUUGGCCUGGGGGACAUGAACGCCGACCAGCUGGCCUCCAAGCUGGAGGAGACCCUCCCCGUCAUUCGGUCAGUGAGCGAGCAAUUCAAAGACCCGGAGCAGACCACCUUCAUCUGCGUCUGCAUCGCUGAGUUCCUGUCGCUCUACGAGACGGAACGCCUCAUCCAGGAGCUGGCCAAGUGCAAGAUCGACACCCACAACAUCAUCGUCAACCAGCUGGUGUUCCCGGACCCCGAGAAGCCCUGCAAGAUGUGCGAGGCCCGGCACAAGAUCCAGUCCAAAUAUCUCGACCAGAUGGAGGACCUGUACGAAGACUUCCACAUCGUCAAGUUGCCGCUGCUGCCCCACGAGGUGCGAGGAGCCGACAAAGUCAACACCUUCUCCAGCCUCCUCCUGGAGCCCUACAAGCCGCCCAGCGCCAAAUAGGGACGCGCGGCCGCUGCUCCGGUCUGGAUCAUUCCACUUUGUCAGUUACACACCCAGGCCCUGCCUCCCCUUCCCCCCACCCCGCAGGCAGCGCACAAUCCUUCCUGCCCUGUCUGUCACAUGAUAGGGAGGCUUGCAGUCAGCAGGGGUGGGGGUCGUAUUUAUUUCCCCUUCCAAGGAGGGGCAGGAUCUCUCUGCCACAGGCAGAAUACUGGAUUCCCUCCCCCCCACUUAACACAGCCUCCCCCCCAGGUAGUCUCAAGGCUGCAUUAAAAACCAGCAAUCACCACGUCCUUCUCCCCCUUCCCUUCCGUAGGGGGCUGCACCACUACAGGUCACUUGAUGAGUCCCUCAUCUCUCCCCUCCCCUCUUUCUCCCAGCGUGCUCUGCUGCUCCCCCCCCCCCUCGGUGGAGGGGGUUCUCCGGACGCUGGGAGGCAGAGGGGGCUCGGCCAGGUGUUGUACAAAGCCGAGGCCCCAAAGCUUAAGGAAAAACGUGUAAAUAAUAAUAAAAAAAAGGAGAGGAAA